UCCAGGUCCAAAUCAAAGUCCCCUCCCCAAAAACGCAAAAUCAACAGUAGCAUUCAUUUCCCGCCCACACACACCGCAAACAUCCAUGGCCGACGGCAAAAAGCGCCGCCGUACCGACCCAACCGAGAACUCUCUUCCCUUCAAGAACAAGCUGAAACCAGACUCAGUGAUCCUGGAAACCCUGAAGGAGUUCUCAACCUCCUCAUCAGCUUCUUCAUCCUCCUCUUCCGCCGCAGACAAAACCCUAACCCUCCAAGACCUCUCCCUCCCCUUCCGCUGCCGCGAGGUGGCGGACCUCUCCCUCUCCUCCGUGCAAUCCAACAUCGAGUCUCUCGCCCGCAAGAUCGCGCACUCCAUCCUCACCGGUAACGGCUUCGCCUUCGAUGUCCCCUCCCGCUCCUCCGCCAACCAGCUCUAUGUCCCUGAACUCGACCGCAUCGUCCUCAAGGAUAAAUCCUCCCUCCGCCCGUUUGGUAACAUCUCCACCGUCCGCAAAUCCACCAUCACCGCCCGCAUCCUCGAGCUCAUCCACCAGCUCUGCCUCAAGGGGAUUCAUGUCACCAAGCGUGACCUCUUCUACACAGAUGUUAAGCUCUUCAAGGACCAGACUCAAUCGGAUACCGUACUUGAUGAUGUUUCGUGCAUGCUGGGGUGUACUAGGUCGAGUCUUAAUGUUGUUGCUGCGGAGAAAGGGGUGGUUGUAGGAAGGUUGAUUUUCAGUGAUAAUGGGGAUGUUAUUGAUUGUACUAAGAUGGGUAUGGGAGGGAAAGCGAUUCCGCCGAAUAUAGAUCGAGUUGGGGAUAUGCAAAGUGAUGCCUUGUUCAUUCUCUUGGUGGAGAAGGACGCUGCUUAUAUGAGGCUGGCUGAGGACAGGUUCUACAACCGGUUCCCGUGUAUCAUUGUGACGGCCAAAGGGCAGCCUGAUGUUUCCACGAGGCUGUUCUUGAGGAAGAUGAAGAUGGAGCUGAAGCUGCCUGUGCUGGCACUUGUGGACAGUGAUCCUUACGGGUUGAAGAUUUUAUCGGUUUAUGGGUGUGGUUCCAAGAACAUGUCCUAUGACAGUGCUCACUUGACCACCCCUGAUAUAAAGUGGCUUGGGGUUAGGCCUAGUGAUUUGGACAAGUACAAGAUACCUGAGCAGUGUAGGUUGCCCAUGACCGAGCAGGAUAUUAAGACUGGGAAGGACAUGUUGGAGGAGGAUUUUGUCAAGAAGAAUCCUGGUUGGGUUGAGGAAUUAACUUUGAUGGUCAAAACUAAACAGAAAGCUGAAAUACAGGCUUUGAGCACCUUUGGUUUUCAGUAUCUCUCUGAAGUGUACUUGCCCUUGAAAUUGCAGCAGAAGGAUUGGCUAUGAGUAAUGUACUGUUGAAGGAUUAUUCCUGUGUCUUAUCAGCUGAGGAUGCUACAUUUAGAGUGGAAUGUAAUGAAUUUCUAGUUAUCAUCCAUUGGAAAUUUGUUAAGUAACUUUUGUUCAAAAAUCAUGUUAAUGGUAUUUUUUUUUUCAAACUGAGUUUAUAAUUUUGCC